AUGCGCCCUCGCACGUCAAUAUCGUCCAUAUCCUCGCGAUUAUGCUUUCGCAUACCGUCCGAUCGUCGCGCGCUGACAUCAGACUUCACCUUUGAGCAACACGACGUCGUCCUCCUAAAGCAACGCGGCCCCAAGGAGGCACGAUGGCGCCUAUCCCACCCUCUCCAGUCAUCCCAUGACAAAUCCGUCAAACUCCACUUUGGCGCGCGCAUCCCCCAUGCCAGCAUCAUCGGGCGACGCGUGCUCGACAUUGUCAAGGACUCGACCGGACUCGAUGUGGUCCUCUACGCCCCCUCGCUCCCACGCUCAAUCGUUCACGCGCCCCGCCAUGCGGUGCCCAUAUACCCGGCCGACGCGCAGACCAUUGUCAAUCUGAUGGACAUCAACGUGGAGAGGCCGGACCCGGAGCACGAUGGCCAAACGUGUGACGAACCCUUUGAAGUGUUCGAGGCCGGCACGGGCGCGGGCAGCCUGACGGUACACAUCGCCAAGACACUGCAUGCUGGGAAUCCGGGGCUACCGAGGGAACUGCGUGAGGCUAUAGCGGGUGCCAGGUUGAGUCUUGAUGACUUGCUCUCGCGCAGUGGCGUGGGCAGGAUCACUCAGACCAAGCGGGAGGAAAGGCCUAGGCGUGUCGAUGAGAGCAAAGGAGAUGGUGGUGACGAGGCCUUGCCAUUGGAAGAGGCUGACCAAAUCUCUGCGACCGAGACUUCGUCGUCACCAGAAGGAGACAUGGAGACAUCACCGGCAGCAGCAGAAGACGCUAUGCCUCGGUCCCCCCGAGCCGAGCCUCCUCCUCCUCCUCCUCCUCCUCCUCCACCUCCUCCUCCCUCUAUCCGAGACCCCAAGUCUCCCACCUCCCCCAACUUCGCAUCCCGCCUCGCAACCACAACCAUCGCCUCUCUACCUCUCCCCGACACGGCCAAGUCACUCGCCGACGCCUACCUCCCCCGCCGCCGCGCCAUCCUGCACACCCUCGACCGCAACCCCAAGCACACCCACGCUGCGCACACCAUGAUCCACGGCUUCAAGAGGGGCAUGUACCUCCCCAACAUUGACUUCCACGCCGGCCUCAUCCCAGAGUAUCUCACCCAGCGCCUGGAUGAGCGUGAUGGAUGCCCGUUUCUGUCACGCGUAGUGCUCGACCUGCCCACGGCGUCCGAGCACGCGCAGCUGCUCAUCCGGUGCAUGCACGUCAACGCGACGCUGACGCUUUUCACACCGAGCAUUUCGCAGAUUGCGAGCUUUGAGUCCUGGUCGAGCUCGACGGGACAGCCGCUCGUGCAGGAUCGUGUGGUCGAGCUGCCGACGGACUCGUCGGACGAGCAUGGUGUCAUGGGCAAGGAGGGCGGGAGGCCGUGGAAGGUGAAGACCGUAGUACCCAAGCGGCGGGAUGAUGGGGCGGCCCUGGUGCAGAUCAUGAGGCCUCUCGUGGGCGAGAGGGUGGCUGGUGGUGGGUUUGUCGGGGUGUAUCGUAAGAUGAGGAGGGUUAGCGGUGGUGAACUGAGCGAGGAGGGUAGUCAGGCUGAGCAAGGUGCGGAAAGUUGA